AUGUCACAGUGCGGCAAAAUGAUACCUUUACCUACACACGAUCUACCACCGUCAUUCCGUGGUCACUUGGUAAAAUAUUUGAACCGCAUAACCGUAGCUGUACAGCAUGUUCGCGCUCCUAUCAAACUGAUGCACAUUCCAGUAAGAAUUAUUCCUUCCGUUGGAGUCGAUGAAAAUCCCAAAGCAGAGAGUAAUCCAUUUUUGUCCGGAGGCAUAUCGCAUGCAACUAUAUCACAGGUACGUAAGAAGUAA